CUUUGCCCGAGAGAGCCGAUUCCCUGGAGGGUGCCUCGCGCGAGUCUGGCCUGGCACGCAGCCGGCCGCCACUCGCUCGCGGGACGCUGCAGCAGCCCGUCCUUGCGGGGACCACCUUGACGCACGCACCCCGCGUAGCCUCGCGUGCAUCUUCUCUCUCGGCGGGAGGGUUUCCACUCGCCCGGGGCACCUGCUUGCAUGCCUGUUCUGGUGCCUUGUACCAUUCGUAUCCGUGUCUCCUCGUGUGCUCGCAAGCCGCACUUUUGCAAUAACAAGGCUUUUUGGAGAGGCACUUCUCACCUAAAGUGGGUGACAACAAUGAAGCAGGAGGCUGAAAUUAGAGGAGACGCAGAGAUACUGCAACGGCUGUGCUAGGAGGACCCUUCACAUCCUCUCUCCAGAGAAGAGCCAUCCUGAAGGGGGAUUUAGGUUUGGGGUGACUCAUCCACGAGACCAGCACAGUCUGUAGCUUUCUUCAGCUUUUGACAGGGCUGGGGAAGCUUGCUGUGCGCAAUUCUGGGCACUCCGACACCAGAAAGAUGUCAACAAAGUGGAAGGCAAGUCUCCUGGCCUGCGAGGGACUCUCUGGGGUUUGCCUUGUGCCCACCGUUGCCAGCAAGAAGAUGAUGCCGAAGCAAAGCUCUAAGCAGGUGGAAAAUGGAGAGAGGGGUGCACCGGACAUGCUGGGCCACCGCAAGGAAAGUGAGAAGUCACGCAGCCGGAAGGAAGAGGAAGCAACAGAAGGGUCACCACCUAAAAAGUCCCUUAAAAAGGUGGUGGUGAUUGAGCAGAAUGGAUCCUUCCAGCUCCGGAUCCCCAAGAACUUUAUUUGCGAGCACUGCUAUGGUGCAUUCCGGAGCAGCUACCACCUCAAGAGGCACAUUCUCAUCCACACGGGUGAGAAGCCAUUUGAGUGUGAUGUGUGUGACAUGCGCUUCAUCCAGAAAUACCACCUGGAGCGCCACAAACGCGUACACAGUGGGGAGAAGCCAUACCAGUGUGAACGCUGCCUGCAGAGCUUCUCCAGGACAGACCGGCUGCUGAGACACAAACGAAUGUGCCAGGGUUGCCCAAGCAAAGGGUCUGACUCACAGCUGCUGCUUUAGGGGGGUAGGCCAGGAAAGAGGGAAUUUAGAAGGAGAUGAAAAGCCAACAGGAUUCUCUGUGGGGGAUUUUGUUCAUUCUUUUUUGGGGGGGGGGUUGCACUUGUGUUUGCCUGCUAGGCCUACUCCUAUGGAAGGGGGCAGAGCUGAGCAAGGCGCAGACUUUCAGACAAGGUCUUGACACUGUAAAUAAGUUGAGGACGAACCAGAGCUGGCUUCCCAGCCCCUUUCAGUUGUGGAUAAACUUCGUCUGGGUGGUUGAAGUUAUCACCAUUUGCCUCAGGAAAGGCUUUGAGAGAACGGCUGGACCCUCCUGCAAGUCCUGAUAAUGAUGUUCAAUGCUCUUGGUUGACAGAUCUGCCAGCUCUCGCCCAAACUUUGGGCUUGUGAAGAUGGGAGAAGAACAGACUAAUAAUCAUUUUUUUAAAAAACCCAAUAAUAAUUUAAAAAAAGAAAACAAUCAAGCACUAAGCUGUUUUUACAGAGCUGAGAAACAAAAGCUAUGGAUUUAAGAGACAGGUUAGCAGCAGAAGAAUUUUGAUUCCAGGGGUCACUUCAGAGCCUUGCCAUGACAGGAGCCUGCCUCAUCAGAGCUUUGCCAUAAGGUCUACAGAGCUUUUUAUUUUCCUACAGGAUCUGGGUUUGUGAUUUAAGUUCCUUUCUCAAACCUCAGGUUUCAAGAAACAAGGGCUGGAGGGAUGAUGUAUGCUACUGGGUAUCAUAAAAGUCCACCUUUCAGAUGUUUACUACUGGCAAGAUCCAAGAGGAGAUGCUGCUGAUAACUGGCUGAAGGGACAGUGAGGAGAGGUGCACCAGACCUUCUACAAGAAGCUCAGCUCUUGCCCCCCUUCCCUUGUGUAUAUAUCCAUGUGUUCAGGAUCCAUCCUGCUGAAUUCCCCUUCAUCUAGAAUUCAUACCCUUAUCAGAUGGGUAUUCUUUUCUCCCCGAGAUGCAAGAGCCAGUGGUAGUCCCAGGGUCUCAAAAAGUCUUCCUCUGGCGGUAGGGAACUAUAAUCCAUCUUGUGUCGUAUGAAGAAAGAAUCCAAGCUGCUCUAUAUGAACCUCAGAACUAAACGAUUGGGGGACCAAUGUCCAGCACACCCUGGCUCCCCUAAAUUGGUUUCAUGCUGCCUCAGUACAACUGGAAGGCCAUAGUCUGAGAGAAGCAAAAGUCUUGGGUUGCACUUGGCUGCCCUAGAUGUUGCAGUCCUUAACUGAAAAAAGAAGUCUCUUUCCAAAAGAUUCAGCGCACUUCAGAGUACAUAAUUCUGGCUGGUGCUGUUACCACUGCUUGGUUGCAACAAAGAGUAACAAGUCUGCAGGGAAAGCAGUCACCUCCAACAUCUGUCAUCGGUUCUGGUGCUCACAGAGGGUGUGUGAUCGUGUUUGGGGGAGAGAUAACCCUGUUUAUUACUCUUGCUGCUGGAACCCACAUGUAGUGAAUUAACACCUAUAUCUGAAAUCCUUCUGUGUCAUCUCUGCUAUAAACAGAACUCCCCUUCUCCUUCCCUCCACCUCAACUCAGAGUUAACUUUUCCCAGGCUUCUGCAGGCUUCCGUUGUGUCCCAGUUUCCACUCAUGCCUCAUUGCAAGCCGGUUCUGAGACCUGCAUCAGUAGAUAACUGGCUUCCUCCAUGAGGUCAUGUUGCAGAGAGAGAGCUUUUGAAAGUCUGAGUUUCCUGCCCGUGCAACAGGAAAGGUUUGUAAAUAGAGGUAAAUCAAGGAUUUCUCCAGAAGUAUAACCAUCUUAGGGAUCCUAGUUUACUAGCGAUAGGUGCUGCACUUUAGAGGCCGAAAAACAACUCUUGUAAACUUGGAGAAACCACCUGUUUUUAUAUUCUUGGUCAUUUCCCAAGCAGCUGUCUACCAGCGCAGUUUAGUUUAUUAAACUCCUUGUCCUUGUGUAGUCAGCCUGAACUUGGGUUAGAGCUUCAUAUGGGAAAUUUUGAGUGCAACGUGGUUUGUUAUGCUAUGGUUAGACAUCGCAUUGCAGCACCUACCGUGGAGUAAGCUGUGUGGGUAGUAGAACAGAAUAUACCAUUGAAAAUGUGCAGAGGACUUCCACCACCACUGUGGAAUGUGUUCCUAAAGAGCAAGUUGUAGGUCUAGCUUUCCUGGUGCAAAAAGAGGAUUAUGCACUAAAUCAUAAUGGUGCUUUCAAGACUUACUGGUUAUUUCCCCUGUAAUCUGAUGAAGCAGAAAUGGAAAGAGAUUUUCAAGUUUUUUUUCCUCCUUGUGUGUGUAUUAAAAGAGCUAGUGUUUAAUUCCCACUUCCUUUUAAUAGGUAAAUUGAAAAAAUAGCUGCCGCCGCCCCCUUUUUUAAGCCCCCUUUUAUUCUGCACUUCAUUGUGCUGUGAAUGAUUUGUUAAGUGUACCUCUGGGAAUUAUGGGUUGUUAUUUUGUUGGGGCCAGCAAAAAGUGUCAUACAAAAAUGUCAGCUCUUUUAGCAAAUGGUAAUUGAGCAACCAUGCGGCUUUGAUUUCUGGGGCCUGCUUUCCACAAGGAUGUCCUUUCCACAAGGAUGCGCAUUAGAAAUGCUUGUGGAAAUAGAGGGAGCUGGGAUUCCCUGUCCACUUCUUCCCAGCUUGUGCCACAAUGCCGGGGCGAAACAGUCAUGUUUUUUAGAUAGAAAAAAUGUUGCUUGACCAGGAAAAGCCACUUCGUUGAACACUAGGCAUUGCUGUUCUGCCCUCUUCUGGUUAAUCCUCUGGCAUUAAUCCUUCAGUAAUUGAGUAAUGCCAUGAUAUGACAAAGCAUACUCAGUGUUGCUGGUUAUUUCCCCAUUCAGCAGACUGGAUAAUCAUCUGGAUCUCUUGAAUGAGCUCAAUGCCAGAACCCUUGUGUGCCAAAUAGGGUAAUGACCCAUCAUUGCUUAGAUCCCUCUGAAGUGUGUGUGACUUUUUACAGUGCAAAGUUUUUUGAGGCCUGCCUUCAAAGGCUUGGCAGGCUACUGUUACACCAAAUGAGCACUGGUUAGGCCUGCUUGUUAACACUUGGCCAUUGCAGUCAAUUGUUUGGUAGCUAUCAGUCCAAGUUUUCAUUGAACAAGCUAGCAAAGGAAAACUCUUGCUUCUCUUCAGGCCGAUACAUGGUAGAGUGCUGGUGUUGCGCUUUAUUCUUAGAGGUAGAAGACAUGGAAAAAGCUUUCAUGAGCCACUGAUAACCAUGUGAUCUUUGCUGUGGGGAUUUUUCUCAGAACCUGACUAGAAGAAAGGGGGUAGUGGCAGGCGCAUAGCUAGCUAGCUGGGUGGGUGUGCAGAAUGUUAUUUAUGUUUCCUGUUGCAGCCAUCUUCCUUGUAUAGCUGGCAUACAGCCAGCCAGUUACCUUUUUAGUGUACAGAGCUAUGGUUUGACUUGGCCCUGAUGGCAGAUUGUAUGCAAGGUGGGACUGUCUCUUUGGAAGCACUUCUGCCGUAUUCCUCAAGUACCCUGUAAUGAUCUCAUAACAGAGAGAUUCACAGAACUUUCAGAUACCGUGGAGGAACAAAAUGCUUCCAACAAAACAAAGUUGUUCAGGAAAUCCUGAAAAUGGGUCAUUGUGUUUUAAUGGCACUUUAGGCCACAGUUUUGAAUAGUUGCUCCUGAGUGAGUAACCAAGUCAUGCUUAAAUAACACGAGAAACGUCUUCAAGUAAAUUGAUAGUAGCACCUAGGGUUAGUUGAAGGAUUCUUGCAUUUUCUGUGGAUGGAAGUGAAAUUGACCAGGUAUAAAAGAGAAAUUUGACUGGGGAGUUUCAAGGACUGCCAAAAAUGAAACUCUUUCCAAAAUCUUGUUUGUUCAUGUAGUAGCACAAAGAGGCGGUUGUGUGGAAAAGAAAAGCAGGUGCAGUUGGCAGGGUUGCAUUGAUGUGACUGUGGCAAAGAACUAACUAAAUUUCAAGUAAGUACACACAAAGUCAUAUCCAAACACAGCCUGUGUUAAUGCAACAUCUUCCCCUUCUGGGUGUUGAGAAAAAGCCAGUGUUUUGAGAGAGCAUGCCACGUUGCAGUGAACCAGUGCCCACAGUUCUUCCCCCACCCUCAAGAUGUUCUUUGUAUGCACACCUUAAGUUCAUGGGUCGAAGGCUCUUGCUCCUUAGCUGUGGUCUAACAUUAAUGUACAUUUGAGAAAGCUUUUAGGACUACUGCUUUUGCCCCUGACCUCCACUCAGUAUGUCUCCCUCCUUUCAAAGUUGGAGACUGAUAUCCCAUCCAUCAGUGGAUGUGGCUUCAAACCUGUUGAAACUCCUCUCCUCUCGCCAGCGAAUCUCUGGUUUGUAAUGUGUGGGGUAGGCUGCCUGAGGGUGCUUUCCUACGGAUAGAGAUACGGCUGGCCUUGGUUCAGGAACUGAGGCUGCAGUCCUAACACCAUUUAUGUGGGAAUAAGCCCCAUUAAAUAAAUAGGACUUACUUCUGAGUAAACAUGGUUAGGAUUGCACUGUUGAAGUUGGAGAAAGGAAGAUAUGUUCAUGCAGUUUAUACUGGCUCUUGUGCACUUGUUCCAUUCACAGCAAAAAGGAAAAUCCUAGCACUUCAGGCUGAACAGAGAGAGAAUUUAUUGAUUUGCCCAUAUUACUCCAGCCUAGUAUCAAAGUCCAGUGGCUUUUUUAAAUAAAAUUCCUUACCCUCUUCCCUUCCCUUUAAUUCACUUAUUUUGUUAUGGGGGAGGGAAUUGGGGCAGGGUGUGUGUUACCCAUGGCAGAAUCACUUUUAAACUGUAGUUUUUAUAAGAUGUUAUAAACUUGUAUCUUUUUACCAUUA